UGUGAUGAUAACGUUUAUUUAACUAUGGUAAUUAAUAGCCAUCCUUACAAUAGUAAAAGACGCCAAUAUAUUCGACGAACAUGGGGUAAUACCACGGAAAUUAGUAUGACUAGUAAGACUAAACAUAGGAUAAGAGUCGUCUUCAUCAUUGGCAAGUCUGGCCAGACUAGUUUAGACCAAUCUGUUGAAAAAGAAUCGCGGGUGUUUGGUGAUCUAGUAUUGGCAGAUUUUAAGGACAGUAUUCAAAAUUUAACAGAUAAAACACUGCUAGGAAUGCUUUGGCAACGUAAAUUCUGUCCGAAGGCGAAAUUUUUCUAUAAAGGCGAUGACGAUGUAUUUGUAAAUACAUAUCGAUUGAUACAGUAUGCAGACUCACUUGAUUCCCAACAUAAGAAAAAAUAUUUAGUGGGCCGUGUGCAUACAUCUAACCGUAUUCCUUGUCGAGUCAAGAAACACAAAUACUAUGUAUCAUAUAAGGACUAUCCUCGCAGGAGAUUUCCCCCAUAUUGUUCUGGAUUUGCUUACAUGAUGACGAACGAUUGUGUGGAUUUAUUGGCUAAACAAGUAAAGAAAGUCAAACUAUUAAAAUCGAUUGACGACGUAUACGUAGGAUUGUUAGCCGAAGCUGCUGGAAUACAUCCACACGCCAAUAAU